CUGCAAUUGAUGUUUACGUUCAUUGUUACCUAAAGUAAGAGUAUAUAAACAUUUCGUGGGCCUACAGUUACAUGCUUGAAUUUUUAGUUAAGUUGUUAUAUUAAAGAUCUAGAGGUCAUGAGUUCAAAUAUCACCGCCACCGAGGUUUAAACUGAAAUGUUCACUUGUAAUGCUAAAGCUUUUAAUUGAGUUGGUUCUUUAACAAUUUCUUAAAUUUGAACAGGUAGGGUUCUUGGACUUGGGAUCAAAUUUCUUGGAGGCUCCAGAUUGGUCUUACUUUAAGAGCUUUCCUGUACUGGGACAUCUAAGUUUCAAUCUCAAUGAAUUAAGGUCGGAGUUUCCUAGUUUCAUACUAGGUUGCAGAAACCUGAGUUUUCUUGAUCUGUCGAUAAACCAUUUGAAUGGAUCAAUCCCGGAGUCAUUGUUCUCCAGUUUGGGGGAGAAUCUUGAGCAUCUUGAUCUUUCCAACAACAAAUUUUCGGGCCAUUUAUCGUCUAACAUUGGCAGACUAUCCAAGCUGAAAAAUCUGAACUUGUUGAACAAUUCUUUUCAAGGAGAGAUACCAUCCACUAUAGGCCAACUCAAAGCUCUUCAAGUUUUGGACAUUCGCAUGAACCGUCUGGAUUCAAAAAUUCCUUCCGAGCUUGGUCUUUGUCCCAAUCUCACUUACUUGGCCUUGGCAGCAAAUUCGCUCUCGGGAGUCUUGCCUUCAUCCUUGUCAGCUUUGACGAAGUUGACUGAGUUAGGGCUUUCAGAUAACUUGCUUUCUGGUGAGAUUUUCCCCUAUUUUAUCUCCAAUUGGACGAUGCUGACAUCUUUACAGCUUCAGAACAAUUCAUUCAAUGGUAGCAUUCCGUCAGAAAUUGGUUUGCUCGCAAAUCUUCAAUACCUUUUGUUGUAUAAUAAUCAAUUCUCGGACAGCAUUCCACCACAGAUAGGAGACUUGCAUGAUUUGACGUAUUUAGACCUGUCUCAAAAUCGUCUCUCAAGUUCAAUACCCAAGACAAUUGGAAACCUCACAAGCCUCACUUUCCUAAGCCUUUCCACUAACAAACUCACUGGAAUACUUCCCUAUGAGAUUGGGAAAUUGAUAUUAAUCACUACUCUUGAUGUGAGUGAUAAUGCAUUGAGUGGAGAAUUGCCUGAGAGCAUUUCUGGCCUCAGUAAGUUACAGGUUCUUUCUCUGUUCUCUAAUCGCUUCACAGGCCGUGUUCCACGGGACUUGGGCAUAAAUAGUCCCUUCUUGUCCAAUGUUAGUUUUGCAAAUAACAGCUUCUCUGGGGGACUACCACUUGGAUUGUGUAGGGGUUUUGCUCUUCAAGAACUGACAGUGAAUUGGAACCACUUCAGUGGACAGCUCCCUACUUGCUUGAAGAAAUGCUCAAAACUAGCUAGAAUAAGGCUGGAAGGAAAUGACUUCUCUGGGAACAUUUCACAAGCAUUUGGAGACCACCCAAUUCUAGAAUUCCUUUCUCUGAAUAACAACCAGUUUAGUGGCAAAAUCUCAUCUCACUGGGGAGAAUACAAGAAGCUCACUAAUCUCGGAAUGUCGGGGAAUAGGAUUUCUGGUUUCAUCCCUCCAGAAUUAGGGAAGCUCACUCAAAUUCAUGUCCUCACCCUAGAUGCGAAUGAAUUGACUGGUGAGAUUCCCUCAGAGCUAGGGAAUCUACGUCAACUACUAACUCUCAACCUAAGCAAUAAUCAUUUGACUGGGAAGUUUCUUGAGAAUCUUGGAAACUUGACUAGCCUUCGGAAUCUUGAUCUCUCGAAUAACGAACUGAAUGGAGAAGUAACAGAAAGGAUUGGGAAUUUUGAGAGCCUAUUGAGUUUGAAUCUUAAAAACAACAAUUUAUCAGGUGAAAUUCCACCUCAACUCGGGAACAUACCAGGAUUGAGUAUCCUUUUGGACUUCAGUAAUAAUUCUCUUUCUGGUACAAUUCCAUCAAACUUGGGAAAGCUCAUCUUACUCGAGAUUCUGAACCUGUCACACAACCACCUCUCUGGAAGAAUCCCUCCAGCUUUAACUGGUAUGGUCAGUUUGCAAAUAAUGGACUUUUCAUACAACACACUAUCCGGUCCAAUUCCAACAGAGGGGACAUUUCGUGGUGUAAAAGCUCAAGCCUUUAUUGGAAAUUCAGGUCUAUGCGGUAAUGUAGAUGAAUUUACCCCAUGCAACCAAGUUGCUGGAAAGAGGUCUAGACGAAAUAAAAAGAAAGUGAUUAUUGCUAUUCUUGUUCCUGGACUUCUAAUUUUCUCAUUGGCAAUGGGAUUUCUUAUUCUUCUUUUUCAAAAAAAGAGAAAGGAGAAACAUGAUGGAGAAAUGAGAAUGCGAAUUCGAAUGGGCAAGAAGAAGUAUAAGGCUUCUCAAUCUCUGAUAUUGGGGAAAGAAGUGAAAUUCACAUUUGCGGAUAUCGUGAAAGCCACUGAAGGUUUCAGCGAGAAACACUGCAUUGGAAGAGGAGGAAUUGGGAUAGUGUACAAAGCACACAUUUCCACAGGACAAAUCGUCGCUAUUAAAAAAAUCAACGCGUCAGACAGUAACGACACUCUAUUGACAAAUCAGCAUAGUUUCGAGAAUGAAAUUAGAGCAUUGACAGAUGUAAGACACAGAAAUAUAAUUAAACUCUUUGGUUUUUGUUCCAAAGAUAGUUGUAUGUACCUGGUUUAUGAGUACAUAGAAAACGGAAGCUUGGGGAAAUUUUUGAACGAUGAUGGAUUGGCACAACAACUCACAUGGGGGAUUAGAGUGAGGAUUGUUCAAGGAAUAGCUCAUGCACUUUCUUACCUGCACCACGACUGCUCUCCCCCCAUUGUGCAUCGUGAUGUGUCAGCAAAUAACAUAUUGCUUGAGACAGAAUUUGAGCCAAAGCUAGCCGACUUUGGCACAUCAAAACUGUUGAGUGCUGAUUCAUCCAACUGGACUUCCGUUGUAGGCUCUUAUGGCUAUAUGGCUCCAGAGCUGGCGUACACAAUGAGGGUGACAGAGAAAUCUGAUGUUUACAGCUUCGGAGUGGUGGCAUUGGAAGUUAUGAUGGGGAGGCAUCCCGGGGAGUUGCUAUCUUCACUAUCAGAGGCUACUGAGUUGUCCAAAGAAACACUUUUGAAGGAGUUGCUUGACCAAAGACUCUCAACUCCCAGUGGGCAUCUUGUAGAGGAAGUUAUGGCUGUGGUCAUCUUAGCAUUGGUGUGCACACUUCGCAUGCCCGAGACACGGCCCACCAUGCGCUUUGUUGCACAAGAACUUUCUGCAAAAUCUCAGUCAUUAUAAUUCUAUAACUAUGGGCAGACAAACAAGUUCUCAAAAAUAGGAGUUUAGUUUGGACUAUAACACCUGCAAAAUUGAGUGCAAAUAAUUUGUCCCAUUGUAUGGCACUAUUAAGUAGCAUGUCAAGAAAUGGACACAUUUUGA